GCCAGACAGUCCAGUUCUGCAAGCCAGGAAGACGGUUGUCAGGAUGUCUGGAGAGUUUGGGGAGCUCACACAGACUCCCCUCCAGAAAGUAUGGAUUCCCCGCACCAGCAGGCGUCUGCAGCAACGCAGGGGAUCCUCAGUGCCACAGUUCACCAAUUCACCAACUAUGGUGAUCAUGGUAGGAUUGCCAGCACGGGGAAAAACUUACAUCUCUAAAAAGCUCACUCGCUACCUCAACUGGAUUGGGAUCCCCACUAAAGUGUUCAAUGUUGGACAGUAUCGCCGUGAAGCCGUCCAGACAUACAAGAAUUAUGAGUUCUUCCGCCCAGACAAUGAGGAAGCUAUGCAGAUCCGGAGACAGUGUGCAUUAGCAGCUCUUCGGGAUGUCAGAAUCUAUCUGACUUUGGAAGAGGGACAAGUGGCGGUUUUUGAUGCCACUAACACUACACAGGAACGCCGUGCCCUUAUCUUGCAGUUUGCCAAGGAGAAUGGCUACAAAGUUUUCUUCAUUGAAUCCAUCUGUGAUGAUCCAGACAUCAUCGAGGAAAAUAUCAAGCAAGUGAAGCUAACCAGUCCUGAUUAUAAGGACUGUAACCGGGAUGAAGUGGUGGAGGAUUUCCUCAAGAGGAUUGAGUGUUACCAGAAAAGUUACCAGCCAUUAGAUGAUGAGUUGGACAGUUCCCUGUCCUACAUUAAGAUCUUCAAUGUUGGCAGUCGGUACCUAGUGAAUAGGGUCCAGGACCACAUACAGAGUCGCACAGUUUAUUACCUGAUGAAUAUCCAUGUGACACCCCGCUCCAUCUAUCUCAGUCGGCACGGGGAGAGCGAGCUUAACCUCCGGGGGCGGAUUGGGGGUGACUCUGGACUAUCUGAGCGUGGCAAGCAGUUUGCCUGUGCCUUGGCCAACUUCAUCCGUUCCCAGGAUAUCAGCGACCUCAAAGUCUGGACAAGCCACAUGAAACGCACAAUCCAAACAGCAGAAGCAUUGCAUGUGCCCUAUGAACAGUGGAAAGCAUUGAAUGAGAUUGAUGCGGGUGUCUGUGAGGAGAUGACUUAUGAAGAAAUCCAGGCCAGUUUUCCACAAGAGUUUGCCCUGCGAGAUCAGGACAAAUACCGCUACCGCUAUCCUAAAGGAGAAUCCUAUGAAGAUUUGGUGCAGCGCCUGGAGCCAGUCAUCAUGGAGCUGGAACGACAAGAGAAUGUCCUGGUGAUUUGCCACCAAGCUGUCAUGCGCUGCCUCCUUGCCUACUUCCUGGACAAAAGUGCAGAGGAAUUGCCAUACCUCAGGUGCCCAUUGCACACUGUUCUCAAGCUCACCCCAGUGGCAUACGGCUGCGAGGUGGAAUCCAUUUUUCUCAAUAUUGAGGCUGUGAAUACACACCGAGAACGCCCCACGCAUUUUUCCUACAAAGCUAGCCAGGCCCCCUUGUAUCGGCACUACCGCACUGUGCCAAUGGCUAGCCCUGAGCCCACCAAACAACCCUGCUGGAAAGAUCUGGGGCGCUCUCCUCCCUCUUGCCUGUUUGACCCUCAGAAUGUUGAUGUGUCACGAGAACCUAUGGAAGCCCUACACACCGUGCCAGACCAUUAUUAAACACUAAAAACAAAAAUAAACUUACUUUAUUGAAGAGGUUCUAUUACUAA